AUGGCCGACAUUCUCACGCAGCUCCAGACCUGUCUGGAUCAGCUCGCAACCCAAUUCUACGCAACACUUGGCUACCUCACCACAUACCACGAUAAUGCUCCAACAGUACCACCCCCCAAUGUUCCUGACGCAGCCCCGGCCCUGGCCAAGAUGACCAAGAACUCGUCAUCGCCGCCAGUCCCAGCAGCCAUCGCAAACAAAGUGGGGGGCGCAGCCGCAGUCGCAGGAAAUGCAUCACCCCCGCUUGCGCCUCCUCAACAGCCCGGAGCUGCGCCAGGGAAUCCAGCUACAGGCGACGACCCAAAUCUUCCUCCCGCGCCGGACUCGCCUCGUACAUUCGCAAGCCGGCAGCGAGAGCUUGCGCGCGAUCUGAUUAUCAAGGAACAGCAGAUUGAAUACCUCAUUUCUGUACUUCCUGGAAUUGGCGCUUCCGAAGCGGAGCAAGAGGCUAGAAUCCGGGAGCUGGAAAAGGAGCUUCGAGCCGUGGAGAAGGAACGUGCUGCGAAGGUGCGUGAUUUGAAGAAGCUGAGGACUCGACUAGAGAGUGUUCUCGGUGCUGUGGCUGUGGGUAUUCAUGGGGAUGGGUUUGGUCAAAAGUGA